AUGCUCUCAGGUAUCCUUGAGAUGCUCUCUCAGGUGAUCCCUCAGGUGCUCUCGCAGGUGUUUCCUCAGGUGGUUUUUAGCAGCAUCACCAACGCCUCUACCACUCAAUCUCUCCCGUGUGCUCUUUUAUGCAUCAACUUCGUUACCACCCUUUCUCCCACCCCUCUGCCCCUCCAACCCCACCCACUCUUCCCCCAGACCCUCGUUCAUUUGCGCCAUCUGUCUGUGUGGGGCAGCAGCAUCACCAACGCCUCUGCCCCUCUCCUCACCUUCCCCAACUCUCACUGUCCUCUUUCCGUCCCCCCCCCAUCCCUUCCCUUUCCCCCCUCCAGUCGCUGUCCCUUGUUCCCUCCCUCGUCCAAUCUCCUCCCUUGCUCCCUUCCUCUCUUCCGCACAUCCUCCCUUCCUCUCUGUCCUGGCUUUCCUCCCUUGCUUUCCCUCAUUUCCCACCCAGCGUCCCCUCAUUUCCCUGCUGUUCAACACCAGCCCAGGAGGCCCGUGCAGAGCAAGCUGCCGCAGGAGCCGGACGAAGGGAGAGGGCAACGCCAGCUCAGGAGGCCCGUGCAGAGCAAGCUGCUGCGGGAGCCGGGCAAGCGGAGGCAACAUGGACGAUCAGGGUGGGGCUAA